AUGGGGCUGGUAUGGCUCAUACCCGAGAGUCCACGAUGGCUGAUAAUGCGUCAACGGCCAGAAGAGACACGAAAUAUCUUGGUGAAAUACCAUGGUAAUGGUCGGGAGGACUCUGCCAUUGUUCAACUAGAGUAUAACGAGAUUCAUGCCCAAGUGGUGUACGCCCGAGAGCUGGCAAGCGGCCACAAGUGGUACGACUACCGCAUUAUUAUUGACUCCCACGAGGUCCGGUAUCGGAUGUUUCUCGUACUGCUUGUCACAUUCUUCUGUCAGUUCAUUGGUGGCUUUAUUAGCUACUACAUGCCGGUCGUCUAUGAAAACUUAGGCAUAACUAGCUCUAGUAAACAACUGCUGUUGAAUGCGCUGAGCACGGUUGUUGGCUUUGUCUUUGGACUUGCUGGCUCGUGGACUGUUGAAAGCUUUGGUCGUCGUAAUCUGUUCCUCUGGGGGACGUUCCUGACCGGGCUUUGCUAUCUCUUGAUGAACGUUUUCGCAUCUCUGGCUAAUGGCCAUAUCAGCAAUUCUAUGGGAUACGGUUUUAUUUUCAUGAGCUUUCUCUAUGGCGCAAUCUUUUCUUUCUGCUGGACACCACUACAAGCAUUAUACCCAACUGAAGUCCUUCGCAACGAUAUUCGUGUCAAGGGUAUGGCCGCUCAAGGUGUGCUCUCCGGCCUCGGCUCGUUCAUCAUGUACGCUACUCCAGUUGCGCUCAAGAAAACCGGCUGGAAGACUUAUACCAUUUUCUUGGUUAUUCAUUUUGUGGAAUGGGCUUUCAUGUACUUUUUCCUUGUGGAGACCAAAGGCCGUUCUCUCGAGGAACUAGACGAGAUCUUUACUGACCCUAAGCCAGUCAAGAAGUCGUUGCAGAAGAAGAAGGUCAUUGUGGAAGGUGGAAUAGGCGUUAUGUCAAAAGCGGAGGAUUGUUGA